UAUUAACAGUUUCAACAAUCCAAACACUGUUCAUGAAACAAUUAUAUAAAUUGAACCCACAUAUGCAUCUGUUUAUUCACAUACUUAAAAAUUAAUCUCUUUAUCACAAACCCUACUUCAUUGCUCUUAAUCAAUUCCAGUCAUGGCACAGACAUUGAUGAGUUCAUACGGUAAUACAAAAGACAACAUGAAUAUUCACAAACCUAGUAGACUUUCAAUGGAAGGUCUACAAAGAACGAUUUCCGACAUUUCAUUUGACCUAAUAACCAAAGAAACCGCGACGACGAUGACGACAACAACAACGGAAUCAAAUUCUUCAUCAAAUCUUCUUCCAUCGAUUUCGGAAACAGAAGACGGAAAAUGCGAGUGCUGCGGAAUGAGUGAGGAGUGUACUAUUGAGUAUAUGAAACGAGUUCGUGGCAAAUUCUUAGGGAAAUUUGUUUGUGGAUUAUGUGCCGAAGCUGUGCAGCAAGAAAUGGAGAAAAAUGGAGGGAAGAAAGAGGAAGCCAUUGAUGAACAUGUGAGUGCUUGUGUUAAGUUUAAUAGGGUUUGCAGAGUAAACCCUAUUUUGUAUCAAGCUGAAGCAAUGAGAGAGAUGUUGAAGAGGAGUUCGAGUAUUAGUAGAGCCAAGUCUAUUAGUCCUAGAGAUAGGGAUAUUAGUGGUAAUGUUCAAAAGAAAGGCGGUAUUGCGAGGAGCUCGAGCUGUAUUCCGGCGUUAACAAGGGAGAUUACUGAUCAGAAAUUGGUUAAUAAAUUGAUUUAAUUAACUAUAUUCGUUGAUGAUGAUUAUAUACAUAUUAAUAAUCAAAAUAAUAAUGUUAGUUGUUUUACAUAUGCAAUCACUGUUAGUUUUUCUUUGAUUUUGACAUAAUAAAACUUGUUUAUUAGUUGGUUAUCUA